CUCCUUCUUACUCUCCCUCCGACGACGACGCCCAACAUGAACAACAGCGCGGACGGACCGCCUACCUAUCAGAGCGCUAUCUCCCACGAUGCAAUGGUUCAACACGAAGGCGAGGCGUACAAGGCGGACGUCAAGGCGGACGCUAAGGCAGAUACGAAUGGAGCGCAGGGCAAAGCCGAUGUGGUGGGCAGUGCUACUGGAGCAGCGUCUUCGUCCCAACUACUUGCACCUCCCGGGGCUCGCAAGAUCAAUGCCAGAUACGAUGCCGACGAUGGGGAUUACCGCCGCCGAGACGAUGAGACGUGGCCUCGCGAUGAUUCGGUUCAGCCAAUCUGCGCGGUAUAUGGUCUCUACAUCGAAAGCGACGAUCUUUUCAAGGAGCCGCACACAUUCAAGCUCACCGACUAUAAUGGUGGAGUUCUGUGGCAUUUUCUCUUUCCGCUUUCCCCAUGGGGGAGACACCUGGUGCUUGGCGUGCAUGUCACCAACAAGGCAACGACGUGGAUGGUCCCCGGCGACCAAGAAGUCGACAACCCUCGCAAGGGAACGAAGGGACGGGGACUACCUUGGAACAGGGGUUCAGAGCCGCCGACGCCCGCCGAGUAUACGUGGCGACUACUGCGAGGUGGUGCCAAAGCUCCCCUCCAGUGUGCGGACGGGCGAUCUUCGCAUUACUUUGUUAAGAUUCACGACGAAGAGCAUCAAGUCUUUGCCGGCCAGCAAGAAUUGACGCGCAGGGACUACUUUGAGUUUUCAGUGCCCGGAUCCGACCGAGUCUUCGUCUGGCUUUGUGGUGUGAGUGCGAUGAUAAGUACAAGCCAAUUGUAAGGUGCUUAGCUUCGAACCGCUUUCUUCUUCGUCCUCCGUUUAUUUCACCUCAGGGCAUAAUGCGAAACAACCGCUAUACAAGAUGGGAUCGGAUAGAUUACGUACUGCACGAGAAGGACAACUUCUCAACACAAUACGGCCACACGAAAUGGGAGCCAG